GAAGAGCAAGAGCAAGAAGAAAUGUCAGAACUGCAGAACGACGAAAAGGUCGAAUUCAUUCAACAUUCUCCUUCAGAAGGAAAACAACAAAGAUCAAAUAACGGCUCUCUUAAUGAAGAAUUAUGCAGCGAAGGGAUAGCUAGUCCAACCAAAGAAGAAUCGACCUUGAAAGGGAAGCCAUGUUGCUACCCCUAUAUCAGAUACACGAAGACGUUUUGGCUAUUUUUUGCCUUUAUAGGCUUGGGAGUUUCCAACACAAUGUAUGGUCCAACUAUCCUUGACCUUGCCUACCACACCAAGUCAGACCUGGCACAAAUGUCAUAUGUGUUUACGGCACGUGCAAUUGGGUUUUUGGUGGGUACUGUCAUAGGAGGAUGGUUAUUUGACAGGUACAACAAGUAUUUAGUGCUUGGAGGUUCUUCAUUGGGAAUGGUGUUGGCAAUGAUAGUUUUUCCUUUGGUUAAAAGUGUUUAUGCUUUGAUAGCAAUUGGAUCAGCUAUGUCUGUAUGUUCUGCAAUGUUAGAUACAGCUGGUAAUGUCAUCCUGUUCAUUCUGUGGCCAAAAAAGUCMCAACCAUACAUGCAAAUGCUGCACUUUACCUAUGCAAUUGGAGCAUUAAUUGCACCAUUGCUUGCCAAACCGUUUCUCCUUCCAGAAAGCAUCACKAAUUUAACCUCAAAUGCUACAGCAAGUAUUCAAGAUGACAUACCAAGUGUYGCUUGGGCUUACUGGCUUGGCACAAUACCCUGUGUCGUAGCUGGAGUAUUCUUCUUGGUCUGUGCUUUCCUAAAAUCACUGCAAGAUGAAGCAGUUGAGAAAGAGCAACAGCYUCCAGCAAGUCACUCCAACAACAAAGUGUUCACAGGCGUUGUUCUUGCUUUGUUCUUCAUGUUUGUCUGCUUCUAUGUUGCCGUUGAAGAAACCUAUGGUGGUUUUGUCUUCACAUUUGCUGUUAAAUCCAAACCACACAUGACUCAAGACAGGGCAGCACUGUUGACCGCAACCUUUUGGGGAACAUUUGCAUUUUCAAGAUUCAUCUCCGUCGCAUUAGCCAAAUAUUUGAAACCACACAGCAUUCUUUUCAUUGAUAUUAUAGGAUGUAUUAUUGCAAGCMCAAUACUGGUCUCYCAGCACAGUGAAUGCAACAUGCAAUCAAGCACAAAACUGUGGGUAGGGACAGUUAUUCUUGGAAUUUCAGCAUCAUCUAUAUUUGCGUCAAUGAUGAGCUGGGUGGAUACUUUCCAGGCAGUAUCUGGACGUUUAACGUCGUUCCUUUUUGUUGGUGCAUGUGUUGGUGGGAUGAUAGUACCAGUUGUUGUUGGAAAUACUUUCAAAUCUAUAGGUACAUGUACACUAAUGCACUCAGUCUUGACCUUGAGUUGCCUUUGUCUCCUUACCUUUGCAGCAAUAUACCUCUUUGGUAGAUAUUAUAAACCUAGCAAUACUAGAAAUAGCAUAGAACUUGAUGAGGGCAAAUCAGAAGAGCCCCUAAAACUCAAAAACCAAGAUGAAAAUGAAGCUCUCUAGCUCCUCAGUGAACAAAAUUGAUAUGAUAUAAAUAUAAUUUAAAUGAUUCGAUGAGAUUUUUAGUACAAAUUAAAAGACAAGCAUUAUUUAGUAGAGCUUUUAAAAAUUCACUGUUUGCUAUUUAGCCUCAAAUUUUUCAAUGUUUACUUUUGAGAGAUCUUUCCAAUACUCAAAUAUAAAAUCUAUAUCUCUGCAUGCCUAUGUAAUAUCCUAGAUUUAGUAUUCACCAAACUAUGGGCUAUAACAAAUCUAGCAUUUUGAUUGGCUAACAAACUAUGGCAUAAUCUUAUACCAUAGUCACAACGAAUCUAGUGAAAGUAGUCACAGAAAUGUUGAGAAACAUUUGUUCUUUAUAUUCUUUUUUCAAAUUUGCUCUGUAGUUUGGUGGAUAAAAAACAUAUUUAGCUAUUCCAAAAAGGUUGUCGGAUAAAAUGGGGAAUGUCAACAGUCGAACGGCAAAUGCACGACUGAAAGUAACCAUGGGUUUUGCUAGUUGAAAGGCAAUAACAACUGAUUUAUAGGUCUGCAAGAUACACCUAAUUGAAAAAACYUAGUCGUGUUCGAAAASYUCACAUCAUAGAAGCUAAGACCYAAAGGGAUUUUGGGUACCACUAAAUUGGGAUUACAUUUGCGUAUACGGUGUUCAACAUGGUGCACGGUAAAGCAACUAGAGCUAGUAAGAUUAAUAGCAUGCUAGUCUUUUAUGCUGGAGAGCUGUUUGUAUGAAAUUAGACAAAUUGUUUGUCUUCCCAAGUACCCCUUCGGUCUUAGCUUCUAUGAUUUGACCUUCUUGGACCCGACAAAGUUUCUUCAAUUAGGUGUAGUCUGUGGUAAACAUUAACUCCAUUUAGUCUCCAUUUCUAUGUAAGGUGAAUCCAGGUGAAAUUUUGUUUUUCAAAACAGUGUAACCAGAGUCCCAAUUGGUCGUGGAAUCUCCCUUUGACAAUCGCCGUUUGCCGUUCUUCCUGACAAUGUUUUUUGAAAUAGCUGUAUAAUACUUGUUCUUGUAAACUAUGAGUUGAAAGUCCACUCAACCUUGUAACGGUAUUAUGGUAUAUUAAAUAUAUUAAUAAAUUAGCUAUUUUAAAAACUAA